AUGUCGUUCCGUUCUCGUGGUCGUUAUUCCAACGACAAGAGUGGCUACUAUCAACACAUUCAGAAUAGCUCUGAUCAUGGCCGCGCCGAGUCUUCUAAAGACGAAUACUCCUCAAGCGAUGAAGAACCUAAAUUCGAAUGCGAAGGUUGUGACACCUGGUUUUUGUCUAUCGAGCUUCGAGAAAAUCAUUGA